AAUGCACGGUCUAGAUAGAGUGUAAUCGCACGGCGCAAUACCACCGGAUCUCGGUCCUGUUGUCGGAGACCGAAGUGUUUCUUUCAGAACACGUUACACCGACACAGGGAAACUCUCUCUUUCUUUCUUUAAUUUAUUUACUUAUUUGCUUGUUAGUUAAGAAAAAGAGAAAAAAACAGGAAGAAGAAGAAGAAGAAGAAGAAAGGAGAAAAGCUAAGCACAGAAGUUGGGCUUUAAUUUUGCAUUGCUGAAAUCCCAAGAUAAUACAGUAAACAUACUGAUGACAUCCAGUACUCUGAGAAGAAGGCUCCAUCAUGGCGAUGUUGAUGGAAAGAGGCAUGAGCAUUUGGAGACAUCAGAGUUGGAUGGUCUGAAUGAGCCCCUACUUGGAAAUUAUGAGUAUGAUGAUAGGCAUUCGGAGGGAUCCAAACUAGAAGAUCAUUGCGAUGAUGAGCAGAGGAAGGAACGCCUCCAUUGGACACUUAUAUUUUCACAAUUGAUUGCGCAAUGGGCACAAUGGUUAGCAAAUAUUGUUCUUGGACCUGGAUCGCUUAUUGGACGCCUUUUAACUUUUCCAUCCAACAUCCAAAGAGGACAAAGCAAUAAGCUGCUUACACCUACACUUAGCCCUUUGCAGGAAGAAAGACUCAAAAAUCUACGACAAAGACUUGAAGUUCCCUUUGAUGGUUCUCGUGUGGAGCACCAAGAUGCACUUAAAUUGCUGUGGAGGUUGGCAUAUCCUGAUAGGGAACUCCCAUCUCUUAAAUCGGAUCUUUGGAAGGAAAUGGGCUGGCAAGGCCCAGACCCUUCUACAGAUUUUAGGGGUGGGGGUUUUAUAUCAUUGGAGAAUCUUAUCUUUUUUGCGCAGAAGUAUCCGGAAUCAUUCCAGAGAUUGUUGCACAAACAAGAUGGAACUAGAGCAGAGUGGGAAUAUCCUUUUGCUGUUGCCGGGAUCAAUAUUUCUUUUAUGCUGGCACAAAUGUUGGAUCUUCAAUCAGGAAAGCCAACUUCUUUGGCUGCCAUUCGCUUUUUAGAAUUGCUUAACGAAGAUGAAAUGGCAUUUGAUAACCUCUUUUGUGUAUCCUUUCAAAUGAUGGAUGCUCAAUGGCUUGCAAAGCGUGCUUCAUAUAUGGAAUUCAAUGAUGUUCUCAAGUCUACAAGAACUCAGUUAGAGCGCGAGCUUGCGCUUGAAGAUGUCUCCGGUGUCAGAGAUUUACCAGCAUACAACCUCUUGAAAACAUAGUCUGCUCCUGCUUUACUAAUAUAUAACUUCUUUCACUCACUUUUUUCUUUAAAUUUAGCUACAUAAAAGCCUGUCCAUAUCUCAGAAACCACACCCAACAUAUUCUUUUCUUUGACACGCCAAGGCAUAUAUUAAUUUUUUUCAUCUCUUGUUGUAAUGUUAAAAUACAGCUUUGUAAAUGCCCUAGAUUCAUGUGGGGCUGCAUUUCUAUAUUCAGACGAUGCCACCCAAGGCAUUCAUAACUAAGGCCGAUCGACAAAAGUUAACUUUUCAAAAGCAUUGUCAAAGGAGGCCCAAUAACCUCACUUUAGAGAGGCUUUUCAUUAUAAUAGAAAUAGAAACAAACCACAAUUUUCUUUGGCA